AUGAAAAGGAAUCUCAGAGAAAAUGUUUGGUGGCCAUGUAUGGAUAAAGAUGUUGCUCACCGAAUCCAAGAAUGUGCCGGGUGUGCAGCUGUUAGUUCACAGCAUCCUCCAGAGCCGAUGACGCGCAAAGAAAUGCCAGAUCGAUCUUGGCAAGAAUUGGCCAUGGAUUUUUUCUCAGCAAAAGAAUGCGCGACCUUUUUGGUUGUUGUAGAUUAUUACAGUAGGUUUCUGACCGUCAUUGAAAUGAAGUCGACGAAUGCAUCCCAUACUAUUGAAGCGUUAGAAAAUAUCUUCAAAAUUCACACUUAUCCCGAAACAAUACGUGCCGAUAAUGGACCUCCUUUCUCAAGUGAAGAAUUUAAGUCAUAUUGUACCAGCAAAAAUGUAAGGUUAAUUAACACCAUUCCAUACUGGCCUCAAAUGAAUGGUCUGGUCGAGCGACAAAACCAGGGUAUUCUACGAGCACUAAAAAUAGCCAAGGUUAUGAAGCAGGAUUGGCGAAAAGCUGUUCAGGAGUAUGUAUAUGCGUAUAACACUAGGCCUCAUUCAGUGACCGGAAAGACUCCAGUGGAACUUUUGACGGGAAGACCAGCGAAAGAUCUGUUACCUUCUUUGAGAACCGAACCAUAUUGGAGUCGCGAUGAAGAGAUGCGAGAUAAUGAUGCCAUUAAAAAAAUGCAAGGCAAAAUCUAUGCAGAUGAACGUCGACACGCCAAGAAAUCUAACAUAAAAGUGGGAGAUACGGUGAUGAUGAGGAAUUAUGACUUACGCAAAUUGUGUCCUGGUUUCCAUUCGGCAAAGUACAGAGUUGUUCGUAGAAAAGGCGUCGACGUGCAUGUGGCCAGCGAAGAUGGUGUUAUUUACAGGCGCCCGGUAAGUCAUCUGAAAUUGUGGCCAACCUCACACAAGGGGAUGUCAUCUGAUGCGGAACAAGAACCUCAUAAAUUGCCAUCGAAUUGUCACGAUUCUGAGCAGCUUGAAUCCAAACCAGGACCGAAGGCUACCAAAAGGAAGAUUGUGACCGAUCCGAAAGCAGCUUUACAAGAAAGACCAAAACGGACCUCAAAAAAACCUGCUCGACUGGUAGAAUGA